ACCUCACGUUACUUAUUUACGUUGUGUUUCUGAUUGUACUAUGAACCACGAAACCAAAGAACCAAGAAGACCCAGUAUCAGCGUUCUGCAACCGGACUCCGGCCCGAUACCAUUCCCCAGCCACAAGCCUAAUCGGUCCAGGUCCAGUUCCCAAGUCAUAACUCCUGCUGUGGGAAAAACCAAGGAAGAGGUUAAAAGACAAUAUUCGUAUUCGGUGCUGUCUGUCGGAUCCGACAUGGAUGAUGGCCUCGGCACCAACAAUCCCUAUGCCAACCGUAACAGGAAGUUGAGUGAGGUUGACUUGGAGAACCAACUAAUACUAACUGCGGGAGGCAGCAGAGAAGAUGUGUGUUGUUUUUUCAUCAAGUUGUUUGUGUUAAUGAUACUUGUGAUCGGAUCGGGGGUGUUGAUUUUCUAUGCCUUGUAGGGCAGGUGGAUCUGGAUAUUGAAAGAUUUGAGGAGUGAAGAUUCAAGAGAUUUGAAGGUGAAGAUUCAAGAGAUUCGAGGUGAAGGACCAAGAGAUUUAUGAACUUUUGGAGUCGGUAGGGUGGCUAAAGGGACGGUUUUAUAGACAUUUACAGCUAUUGAGGCGCUUAUGCUAUGGUGUUUUUGUAGCACAAUAUUAAAUAAACGGUGAUAUCU